AUGGCCAAACUUCAGCUGAAGUAUUCCAAAGGUGAUGAAGGGGAAUCUGACUCAGAGGACGGAAGUUACUCUGAGAAUGCUUCCCAAUCUGGUUCAGAGGAAGUAGAGUCUGAACCUGAGGAAACACCAAAAGGCAAGGCAGCUAAGAAUAAGGCGGCAAAGGCGAAAGCAAAAGCUAAGCAGGAGAAAACAGCAAAGCCGGGCAAGGAGAAGGGUAAGGAGAAAGAUACUGAGAAGGAGGAACCACAAAAGCCAGUCAAGAAGACAAAGAAAAAGAAAGAACCCAAGUCCAGGAAGUCAUCCAAGGGAGACGACAUGAUUUUUCGCUACCAAUCCUGGCGGCAGGAGUUCCACAUCCGCGACUUCAUGAGCACUGCAGAGCCUACGAAAGCUAGUUCCUUGCAGCUGGCCAAGUUGACAUCAAGAGAGCUGCGGCGAGCGUUUUAUGGAUAUUUCCGGCAGUUCCCUGGCAAGAAGAAGAAGGGUGAAAUCAGGGCCGACCUGAUCUUGGAGUACACGAAUUUGGGAAGGCCAGGCUCCAACAAGUCCUUGCAAGAAGUCAUUGCUGAUGUGGAGGCUGACAUGAGCAAGAAUCUUGACUUCACCUUGGAGAAACGUGGCAAGAACUUCAUUUUGAAGUGUGGGAAGAACGAAGUUGCAUUGGACCCCACCAAAGCUUGGAAGCAGCAGAUAUUCAAAGAGCCCAGCGGCAUCCCAUUUGUGUCAGACGGGAAGGUGUCUGAGCGCUGCGUGAACAUUUUUCAAAAGCAUGAAGAAGCGGAGGCAGCAGCAGAAGUUGAGGGCAAGCCAAAGGAUGAGAAGGAUCAUGUGGAGGGCUAUACGCUGAACUACGUGUCCGAUGGCAGAGUUUUUCUUCUAUUCCAUGGGUCAGACAAGCUUGAAGGCUCAGUGGUCACAGCCUGUCCUGAUUGGAAGAUCAUCAAGCAUUUGGGUGAGGGAAAGCACAAAGGUGAUGUGUUUUUACAUUCACCUUCAGCUGCAGCCAAGCCGCAGUGGAUCAAGAAGCUCAAGUUCGAAGCAAUCAAGGACGAGGACCACACGCUCAUGCUGAGUGAGGCCAAAGCAAAGUUGAAGAAGGAAAAGGCGGAUCAGAAGGCAGCAGAGGAAGCCAAGCUCAAACAGGAGGCGAAAGAUGCAGAAGAGAAGGAGAUUGCAGAGGCCCAGCAGAAAGCAAAGGAUGCUGAGGAGGCAGCAAGGGUUGCAAAGAAGGCCGCUGAGGAGGUUGAGGCAAAGAAGAAGUUGAAGGAGGCAGAGGAAAAGCAGAAAAAAGAUCUGGCACAGAAGGAAGAAGAUGAAAGGAAGAAGCAGGCUGAAGCAGCAGCAGCAGCAUCAGCAGAUCAGGCAAAGAAGGAAGCAGAGGCGUUGCAGCAACAGCAGCAGGCGGCAGCAGCAGAGCAGGCAAAGAAGGAUGCAGAGGCGAAGCAGCAGCUCCAGGCCGCCACAGCAGCAGCAGAACAGGCAAGGAAGGAUGCAGAGGCGAAGCAACAGCAGCUUGAGAAGGAAAAGCAGGAAGCAAAGGAGAAAGCAGCAGCAGAAGCAAAAGAGCUCGAGGAAAAGAAGAAACUUGCAGAGGCAGAAGCAAAAGAGCUUGAGGAAAAGAAGAAUCAGGCAGAGGCAGAAGCAAAAGAGCUCGAGGAAAAGAGGACACGGGCAGAGGCAGAAGCAAAGAAGGUCAAGGAGGACGCAGAGGAAGAGAAGAAGAAAAUGCAGCAACAGAUUCAACAAUUGCAAGAAGCACUUCAAAAGAAGGCAGACCCCACAGAAAGGACAGCUGGGAAUGAGAAGGGGAAUGGUCCAAUUCCGGAAGAAUUAGGCACACAGAAUGAGGUAGAGGAGAUAGUCGAAGAGGUUGGUGCAGGUGAGAAGGGGGUGUCUUUGACUGCAUCUCAAGUCACCAAACUGAGUCAAGAACAGAAAGCCAAAAGCGAAGAAGAAAAGAAGGCAAGGGAGUUUGAGAUCAUUUCGACCAACAGGGAGGAAGCAAAAAGACAAAAGACUUCCAAGCAGGCAGAAGGUGACAUCCGCUCUUCCUUGAAGCGACCACCGCCGCCAUAAGGACCGAUGUAUUCAGUUGUUGAUCUAGUUGUCGACUGUUUUCCAUCAUUGUUCCUUAUUGUCUACUGUCUUCUAUAUUUUUGGUGACUUAAUUUAAACAAUCUUUUCAUAAUUGUUUUAUUUAUCUAUUUGUAAUGUUUAUAUUUUUCUGAAUUUUCCUUAUUUG